AUGUCCGAAAUCCUGAGCGGACUAACAGGAGUCGUCAACCUCAUGGACGACAUUCUCGUCUUUGGCCGCGAUCAAGCCGAGCACGACGAAAACCUUGACACGACUCUCAAGAAGCUUGCUUCCUCUGGAAUCACCCUCAACCGCUCUAAAUGCGCUUUCAGCGUGAAGGAGGUGACCUUCCUAGGCUGUGUCAUCAGUAGUCAAGGCAUACGUCCCGACCCUAAAAAAGUCGAGGCUAUCAAGUGUCUCCCGCCGCCUACAGACGUCGCCGGAGUCCGCCGGAUCUUAGGGAUGGUGAACCAUCUGGCAAGGUUCCUGCCAAAUUUGGCCGAAAGGACAGCCGCUCUCCGCGUUCUCCUCAAGAAAACGUCGGAGUGGACAUGGGGCCCCGCUCAGGAAAAAGACUUCCAAAACUUCCAAAACAUCAAGGACCUCAUCUGUUCGGACCAGUGCUUGGCAAAGUACCAUCCGGAGUAUCCUACUACACUCUCAGCAGACGCAUCAGCCUACGGAUUGGGCGCAGUACUGCUACAAGUGCAACCGGAUGGGAAAAACCGCCCAGUCGCAUUCGCCUCAAGAUCCCUAACGCCCGCCGAAACGCGGUAUGCUCAGAUAGAAAAGGAAGCAUUGGCUCUAACCUGGGGAGCCGAACGGUUCGAAGAAUACCUGCGUGGUCUCACGGCAACCUUUCAAACAGAUCAUCAACCUUUAAUCACCCUCCUGGGAAAAGAGUCUCUCGAUCUGCUGCCACCACGAAUUCAACGCUUCCGCAUGCGCCUCAUGCGUUUCAGUUACGUCAUGCAGUACGUCCCAGGAAAAAGUAUUGCUACUGCUGACACUCUCUCGAGAGCACCAACUGCAAGCAGUUCGACAGCGGGAACUCUCACUUGUGAUGAAGUGAGCGCCUACGUAGAGGGUGCACUCAUGGGUCUACAAACUUCCGCCUUCGAUCCAGUGCAGAAAGCUCAAAAGGAAGACGAGUUCUCGAGCUCGGCAUUCGCAGAAUUCGCUAAAGCAUACGGCUUCAACCACACCACGAGCAGCCCUCUUCAUCCGCAGGCCAACGGGGAAGCGGAACGCGCCGUCCAAACAGUGAAACAUCUGCUCGAGAAAGCAGACGAUCCGUACCUCGCCCUACUGGCCUACAGAGACACGCCGGGGCCGACAGGCUUCAGCCCGGCUAAAUUGCUCAUGGGACGCCAGCUACGCUCUCGAGUUCCUGCAUUUCCUGCCCUCCUAGUUCCCGGAAACGUCGACAACAAACAAGUGACGAAAAGGGACCUCGAAGCAAAACAACGCCAGAGGCGAAACUUCAACCGUCGUCAUGCGGCUAAGGACCUACCAGCUCUCUCUCCAAACACCCGUGUCUGGGUGCGAGACCUCAAAUGCGAGGGGGAGAUAACUCAACAAGCAGACACUCCCCGCUCCUACUGGGUCAAAACAGAGCGCGGACACGUGCGUCGCAACAGAAAGAUGCUCGUCCCAUUGCCGGCCUCACAGAAGAAAGCGCAACCGCUUCCCUCCUCAUUAUUCUCCGACACUGACGACGAAGAUUUCGAGCCGUCGACAGUCGCGGGACCUCUAGCUGCCCUCUACAAUGGAGCUUCGUCCCAGCGAGGUGACCCGCUGCGAACCGACAGCAAUAAUUCACUGCCCAAGCCAGUCAACGAUGCUGCAGCAGAGACAUCGAGGGUUCCAGCAACCACCACACGGUCCGGCCGCAGAGUGUUUGUGCCUGAACGUUACGGUGUAGUCACUUAA